CACCACUCGAGCUGCCACGUUCACGCGAGCAAGCGCAGACUGCAACGCCUUCUCCGUGGUUCACGGGUACGGCGCACACACACGGCCCUCCAACAAAUCUACCCUCCCAGUAUCUCCAAGAACCACUUCGUCCUAUUGUCCCGAACAAUCCUCGGGACAUUUCUACAAUGAGUGCCAUGACUGCGCUGCCGUAUGACUCGAGAGUCGACUUUGGGGUCUCGCGGUCCUCGUACACCUGGCCUGGUCUAGACCCCAAUGCAGACUUUCUGAACAAUGACUUCUGCUCUGUGGGCCCAAGUUCGGACGGUGGACUGAGCUCGUCCUCUGCCGACUCUCGAUCUAUCACCUCCAGCCCACCGCAUCCAACACUGACGGCAGAGCAGCGGGAACUAAAGAGGCAAAGAGACAUGGCCCGCAGGGACUCGAAAACGUCAGUACGGGCGCACAGAGCCAUGAGCGACUUUCGAGCAUCACAGUCACCGCCAAUGUCAAUGAACGAAUAUAACCCUGCCAAUAAUCUGCCAAUCUACACAACUGUGCAGCCGCCACUGUCGCUACUAUCUGAGCCCGUUACAACAUUACCUGGCGUUUCGACAUACAUGCCGUCAUACACGUCGCCGCCACUCUCAGACCAACAGUCGGCCAUGUUCACGAGUUCUUACGAGUACAUGGGCAUUAGUUACAACUCUGGCUACCCGUCAGCCUCACCACCACCUCCGCCGUCGCAUACUCACACACACAGCCACGCCGCGCUCUCUCCACAGUACCGGCCAUUACAAGAGCACCCUGGCAUCAUGUAUCCGGCCCCGUCUAUGCUUCACGUUGGUGGUCCACUACCUCCAGUCGGUGGCGGUAAUGUGGUCUCGGAACCCGGCCACGUGAGAGUUGUUCAGACUCGGCCAAAGCCACAGUGCUGGGAGCACGGAUGCAACGGCAGGCAGUUUUCCACGUUCAGCAACCUGUUAAGGCAUCAGAGGGAGAAGUCUGGCCAGGCCACCAAGUCAUCCUGCCCAAAUUGUGGAGCAGAGUUUACAAGGACUACCGCUCGCAAUGGACAUCUUUUGCAUGACAAAUGCAAGCAGCGAAAGAACUCGGCCUGAUAGCCGCGGCAGCUCGGAUCAGCACAAUGUCUUUCCCACACUCCCUGCGGCUCCCACAGAUUUAUACUUCAUCUUGCACAUACUUAUUGUUCUCUCUGGAGAUCA